AUGGAGAGGGACAAAGAUGGACCCAGACGAGCCCUGACCAGUGUGAAAGAGACUGAUCGUGUGCGAGUGGUUGUCAUGUGCAUGUCAUCUGUGCUGAUUGGAGGUCAGGCUCAAUACCAGCUCCUGACCACAGCUCAUCAGAUGCGAAUGAUUGACCGUGGAUAUAUUUUCAUCCCCUAUGACACCCUUCUAUACUCACUCCCCUACAAGGAUGUGUCUUACCCUAUUUUGGCCAAUGACACCAAGCUGCGGAAGGCCUAUGACGGCGUUCUUACCAUCACAAUGGAUUCUGGGAAAAUGGACUUCUUUGAGGCCUUCAGAGACGCAAAGGACAAGUACGAGAUACGCAGCAGCGCAGAACCAGAGCAGGUAUCUCCUUUCUUUGGGACCAUUUACAACAUGAUGUAUUUCACAGCCAUGGCAGUAGAGCAGGCUCGGGUCAACAGUGGUCGCUGGGUGACUGGAGAAAUUCUGGGUUCUAAUCAGAAAGAAUUUGAAUUUCAAGGCUUCAACCAAUAUCUUAGAGCGGGUGAAAAUGGUCAGGGCAUGGAAGCCAGAUUUGUGGUGCUGGACUACAGUGGCAUGGGUACAACUCUUUACUCCACUCAUGUCUUGGAGGCCAUGCACAACGAUGGGAGAACUGGAGGCUUGAAAUAUCUUGGACGCUCCAUCCAUUUUGCAGGAAGUACUCCUUACACAGAUUCAAGCUGCUGGUUCAGCCCAUAUUUUGCCUGUUCAGGAAUGGAUCCAAUAAUACAAGUGUUUCUCUUCCUAUUCUUCUCUGCUUUGGCUGCGGGAGCUGCACUGAACAUGUUUCUGCGAUUCAAAAGAAGUAGACGUGUUGGAUUCAAUUUUGGAGGUGGUAGUGGUGGAUCUUCCAAAGUAGUUCUCACCCUGGAUGACCUGGUUUUUAUUAACACUCAGAUCAGCAAAAGAAGACUCAACGAUGAAAGCAUUAUGAAAAGUAACAUUGAUCUGAAGACACCCCACCACUCUGUAUCGGGCCGGAGUUACAUGGCAUCUACUCCAGACAGCUCAAAUGUUGCCGUUUAUGAGGGCGAUUGGGUUUGGUUGAAAAAAUGUCCUUGUGGAGUAAGUUCAGUCAAUGGUGCAACAGAGGAUAUCUUUAUCAGGCUCAGGGACAUGCGGCAUGAGAACUUAAACCUGUUUUUAGGACUGUUUUUUGACUCUGGGAUCUUCGGUGUUGUGACCGAACACUGCUCUCGCGGAAGCCUGGAAGAGCUGCUCCUAAACGAAGACGUAAGACUGGACUGGAUGUUCAAAUCCUCUCUGUUGAUGGAUCUGAUUCGGGGGAUGAAGUACUUGCACCACCGGGGGAUAAUUCAUGGGCGGCUCAAGUCCAGAAACUGUAUUGUUGACGGCCGCUUUGUGCUGAAAGUCACGGAUUAUGGAUAUAAUGAAAUAUUACUGACCCAGAACAUUGUCACAGAGGAAGAGCAACCUGAAGACUUGUUUUGGACCGCUCCUGAGUUUCUUCGUAAUUCAACAGCAAGAAGACGAGGAUCUUUUUGCGGAGAUGUGUACAGCUUUUCUAUAAUUGUUCAGGAAGUUAUCAGUCGCUCUCCUCCGUUCUCUAUGCUUGAUAUGCCAGCAAAAGAAAUUAUCAGCAAGAUUCGUGAGCCGCCUCCAUUAUGCAGACCAACAGUGUGUAUAGAUGAGGCGCCCCUGGAUGUGAUUCAGGUGAUGAAACAAGCCUGGGCCGAGGAGCCAGAGAAAAGACCUAACUUUGAGGAUAUAUUCAAACAGUUUAAGAACAUCACUAAGGGAAAGAAGACCAACAUAAUAGACUCCAUGCUCCGUAUGCUGGAGCAGUAUUCUUCAAAUCUGGAGGAUUUGAUUCGAGAGAGGACAGAGGAGCUGGAGGUAGAAAGGCAGAAGACGGAUAAACUCUUGGCUCAGAUGUUGCCCAAAUCCGUGGCCCAGGCACUAAAACUGGGCAAACCUGUAAAGCCGGAGCAUUUUAGUGAAGUUACAUUAUACUUCAGUGAUAUUGUGGGAUUCACCACUAUCUCUGCUCUGAGCGAGCCCAUAGAGGUUGUUGACCUACUGAAUGACCUUUAUACCUGUUUUGAUGCCAUCAUUGGAUUACAUGAUGUGUAUAAAGUCGAAACUAUUGGUGAUGCUUACAUGGUAGCAUCAGGAGUCCCCAACAGGAAUGGAAAUCGUCAUGCAGCAGAGAUGGCCAACAUGUCUCUGGACAUCCUGCACUGCAUUGGGACGUUCAAGAUGAGGCACAUGCCAGACCUCAAAGUCAGGAUUCGCAUUGGCCUCCAUUCCGGCCCUGUGGUGGCUGGAGUGGUGGGUCUCACCAUGCCUCGAUACUGCCUGUUUGGGGAUACCGUCAACACUGCAUCACGAAUGGAGUCUACAGGGUUGCCUUAUCGAAUUCAUGUCAAUCAGAGUACCGUUGACGUUUUAAACAGCUUGAAGCUGGGAUACAAGAUUAGCACAAGAGGCCUGACAGAGCUAAAGGGGAAAGGCAUUGAAAACACAUACUGGUUAGUGGGAAGAGAAGAUUUCAACAAACAACUACCUAUUCCACCUGACCUUCAAGGGGGGAGUAAUCAUGACACUGGUUUAGAGGAAAUCCCAGUAGACAGACGCCAGAAGUUUUUGGAUCGACAAAAGAAGAUGGGAUAA